CUUCUCAUUUUGAAAGCGCUUUUGCCUUUGGCGGUUCUUCAAACUUGGCGCUGCCGCUGUUGUUCCUUCGCAACUCAGCCUUCGCCGGCACCUCACCACUGAGAGACACAGAGGGAUAGAGAGAGGAAGAGAGAUGAUGGAUAUGGACGCUCCUCUUGAUUUUGAGUCAGAAGACCGUCUUCUCAAUUCUGUUUCUACGAAGAAAAGAAAAAAGGUCAUAGGUUUGGAUGAUCUUCUGACUGAUUACUACAAGGAGAAAGGCAAGCUUGUUGAACGUGAGUCUAAACAGGCAAAGGCCCGAAAAAGCUACAAUUCUGAUGAAGACGAUGAUACAACCAAUGAAGCUAAGUUUUCUCAAUGUGUUGAUGAAUGCCAACAAAUGAUGGGACAAAUAAGUGAUGAGAUUGAGAUCUCUGCAUGGGGUAUACAGAUGUUUGGGCUUCAGAAACCUCUUCCACUUUUAAUUUUUCCUGAGCUCGGAGGUUGCAGGAUUUUGCAGUCUUUUAUGAAUAAUGAGUUCAAUUCACUGGUGGAACUUAGUACUGAGAAUGGAGAAAGUUUCAUUAAGGGAUUACUGGUUAAUGGCUGGCUUUCGAAAUUGGUUUUUACUUGUGGGCAUGUAGAAAAAUCUGUAGCAAUAUGGACAUUAAAUUUGAUGUUGUACUCCCCGCAAGAGGAUCUAAGGACAUCUGCAUGGGACUUCUGGCAUGCUAUUCUUUCAUCAAUAAAUGAGGUCGAUAUAAGAGGGGUUAAAAUUGACUGGCUUCCUGAGUAUUCUGACUUAAAAAGAGCCCUUGACAUCUAUGGAUUUCUUUUCAAUUUUUCAUCAAACAGUGAAUCAGUUCAUGAUGAUUCUAAUUGUGGGCCACCUCAAAACAUUAGAGCUUGGAUCAAAUAUAUUGCUGCUUGUUGUCUACUAAGGGGUAAACAUUCAAUUUUCUCAACUUCAGAUGCUGAAGAGUUGGUCGUAGUCAUUAUUUGCCUCUUCUUAGAUCGUCAACUCCAAGGCCUGUCAAUGCUUUUGUUUGAAUGUUUGCUAUCCAUUAUUGGAUACUUUACAGACAAUGAAUGGAAUACCAGCUGCAAGAAAAUAGCAAAAUCUCUUGCUUCCAGAGUCCCCAGGGACUUGAACUGCUUGCGAACAGUGGAAUGCAUUUCAGGGGGGAACAAUCGAAGUAAGUGCCUCAGAAGUGAAGUUGCCUAUGAAAUACUUGUCACUUGCUUUGAUAGCAAGGUUACUGAGGCAGAAGAGAUAUUGAGAUUGCUCAUGGAGAUUAAUGUGAAAGAAAAAAGCUGUGAUCUUUUCAAGAUGUACAUUUACUUAGUUCUGACAGAACAUUGGCUCCUAUCUAAUCCACUGUUUGAAGCCAAACCACUGAUUUAUGAAAUGUGGGGGGUGUAUCUUCGAAACUGUUCUUUCCAAAUUACCGGAACAGACUUGAGGUCUUAUGCUUCUAAGGUCCGUACAAAAGCUGCAUAUCUUCUUCAAGGCACUGUCAACAGAUGAUUGGUAUAAGAAAGUCAUAAUGAGGAAACAAGUCAAGAUCCAUAAUCUGAAAGUUAGAGCUAGUGAAAUCUCAUGACUGAUUUUGGAGAACUGCCCAUGGUUGACACUGGUGAGCUGCUCAUCUGGUAUGUGAUGGUGCUGAAAAUGAAUCCUACUUGCUUGAUGUAUGAGCGUUGUGUCUAUGUACAAGCUCCUAUUUUGUCAUGCAGGUCUAUUGCAGGCCUGUGGAUUUCUGAGUCAUGGCCAUAUUUAAUCUUCUAGUUUUCUGUGUUAUUAAUUAAACACACUUCUACACUCUUCAUAUUCUCACACCAAAUCUGUUGCAAUGUUAGUUGUUUCUAUGUGACGAUGCAAUGCUGUGUCCUUGUAUAUAAAAGCGGGAAAGUAAUUUUCUGUUGGAAUUGUGCA